GCUAGAGAAAUUAAAUGAUAGAUAUUACGUACCAAAUGCAAUGCAACAUUGUACGUAUAUAUACAUGACGAUCCAUCCCUACAUAUUAUGCAUGGUAUGCAAGUAAUAAGUACCCACAUGUACAGUACGGGUACAAGUAUGGUGCAACUACUGAUUUGUUAGGUCCACCAUAAGCAACAAGCUUAGCUUGCUGCUGGUUCCACUUCCACUUCCACCAUAUAUGCAUGCAUGCAUUCAUGUUUCAUUCCCCUGCUGGUAGCAACCUGCUUGCUAUUUGUAGGACCGGCCUGCUCGAUCCACUCUUAUUAGCUUGUAUAUGUUUCUCUCUCUCUCUCUCUCUCUCUCUCUCUCUCUCUGCUCCAGCUGCAUGCCUCUAUCGAUCUGAAAGUGAGACCACCGAUCCAUCCGUGGAGUGAUAUAUCGAGCAAUUGCAGGAAGCUAGCUAUAGAGAUCGAAAUGGAUGAUCAUCAUCAUCAGCAGCAGCAGGCACCAUGCGUGCCUCCAGGUUUCAGGUUCCACCCGACGGAGGAGGAGCUUGUGGGGUACUACCUCGCCAGGAAGGUGGCCUCCCAGAAGAUCGACCUCGACAUCAUCCGGGAGGUCGAUCUCUACAGGAUCGAGCCAUGGGAUCUCCAAGAGAGGUGCGGCUACUACGGCGGCUCCUACGGCCAGGACCAGGAGGAGCCGACGGAGUACUACUUCUUCAGCUACAAGGACCGCAAGUACCCGAGCGGCACGCGCACCAACCGCGCCACCGCCGCUGGCUUCUGGAAGGCCACCGGCAGGGACAAGCCGGUGCUCUCCUCCACCACCACCUCCCGGUCCUCCGCCGCCGCCGGAGGCAUCAGCGUCGUCAUCGGCAUGCGGAAGACGCUCGUCUUCUACCGCGGCCGCGCGCCCAACGGCCGCAAGACGGACUGGAUCAUCCACGAGUACCGGCUGCAGAGCAACGAGCACGCGCCCGCGCAGGAGGAAGGAUGGGUCGUCUGCCGCGCCUUCCAGAAGCCCAUGCCCAACCAGCAGCACAUCAGGCACGCCGCCUGCUACUACCCUUCGCCGCCGGGCAGCUACCUCGGCGCCGCCAUGCCCGCUGCCACCUACUACUACGACGGACCCGUCCCUGCGCCGCGGCUACUGAUGAACAGCGGCGGCGGCGCUGUGGCUGCGGCUGCACCUCCGGCGGCAGCGCAUGACCACGGCGGCGGCUUGGCGGCUGAGUCCAAGCUGCAGGUGCAGCUCCUCGCCGACAUGCCGCCGCUCCACAGCCCCUCCUCCGUCGACGGCGGCGUCGUGCAGCAUCAUAGCUACAACGAUCAGAUCGCCGCCGCCGCCGUCGCUGCAGAGUCGACGACGGUGGAUUGGAACCUGCUGAGCAGCCUGCUGCCGCCCGCGCAGCUCAAUUUCCAUCACACACCGCCGCCGGAAUCUCCGUCUUCUUGCUCCAAGAACAACAAUGAUGCAUGACAAGACAACAUCUGAUAUCAUCUAUCCCUCGUCAGCACGACUGAUCGAUGAUGUACUACUGUAUUAUUAUUAACCACUAUACACACACUAGCUAGUAAUAGCGUAUAUUUGUAGGGGUGUAUUAAUUCACGUACAGCUGAGAUCUGGAACUGAUUGCUUAUUUGAUCAAAGCUAGCUAGCACUUAAUUAGUUUUGCUAUGCAUUAUUCUGAUGAUCGAUUUUUAUUUCUAAAAUUUGUACUCACAAUACACAAAUAUGAACUAUAUAUUUGAUUGAUGGUUUAA